CGCCGUGACGGUGCAGAUCCGCAGGCCGCCGCCGCGCCCCGGCCCGGCCUCGCCGCUGAGGGGAGCCUGCGCCCGGCGCGGCCCGGCGAGGAUGGUGGGCGUCAAGGUGAUCGCCAACGACACCGAGUUCCAGCCCGAGCUCAGCGCCGCCGGCUCCCGCCUCGCCGUGGUGAAGUUCACCAUGCGCGGAUGUGGCCCUUGUUUAAGGAUAGCCCCAGCUUUCAAUGCCCUGAGUAACAAAUAUCCUCAGGCAACUUUUUUGGAGGUAGAUGUACAUCAAUGCCAGGGAACAGCUGCUACCAAUAAUAUAUCAGCAACACCAACAUUUCUGUUUUUUCGAAACAAAGUGCGAAUCGACCAAUAUCAAGGAGCAGAUGCUGUAGGUUUAGAAGAAAAAAUUAAACAGCACCUGGAGAAUGACCCUGGAAACAACGAAGAUACAGAUAUCCCAAAAGGAUAUAUGGAUUUAAUGCCAUUUAUCAAUAAAGCUGGCUGUGAAUGUCUUAAUGAAAGUGAUGAGCAUGGCUUUGAUAAUUGUUUACGUAAAGAUGCUACCUAUCUGGAAUCAGACUGUGAUGAGCAGUUGCUUAUUACUGUAGCUUUUAGUCAACCUGUCAAGCUUUAUUCUAUGAAACUUCAGGGACCAGAUAAUGGUCAAGGUCCAAAGUACAUAAAAAUCUUUAUUAACCUUCCUCGAUCUAUGGAUUUUGAGGAAGCAGAACGAAGUGAACCAACUCAAGCCCUGGAGCUAACACCAGAUGACAUUAAAGAAGAUGGUAUUGUCCAGCUUCGCUAUGUAAAAUUUCAGAAUGUUAACAGUGUAACUUUAUUUGUCCAAUCCAAUCAUGGUGAUGAAGAGACGACAAGAAUUACGUACUUCACAUUUAUUGGAACUCCAGUCCAAGCAACAAAUAUGAAUGACUUCAAGCGAAUAAUACACAUGGGCGAGUUGUCAAUUUCCACCACAGACUGGUAGUUGGCAAAAAAGGAGAGAGCCACUAGGAUGCUAAAGACACUGGAAGGCCUUAUUGCAAUCAGAUGAGAUCUUCACUUUUAUCUACAACUCCUGGAUAAUUGCUUGACCAUAGCCAGAGACUGUCAGUCUGUUUCAAUUAAUGCCAUUACCAAUAAAUCAUUGCUUUUGUUGAGAUGGAGUUUCACUAGUGUGUUUCUGUUGUAAUUCUGGUACAUGUAUUUGUAAAUAAAAUUCAUUACUUUUGCCAAUUUAAA